AUGUGUGACCUCCUUUGGACAAUACCAUCACGCUGUUCGUCUGUUUUUUUCGACCGAUCGUUGCGCGAGUUUGGAAUUCCAAUUACGGUGGUGGUGGGCGAGCGACGACGUAACACCGCCACUAGCGCCGUCGUCGUCACUGUCGUCGGCACCGUCGUCGUCGCCGUCACUGUCAUUGUCGACGUCACCGCCGUCGUCACCACUACCGUCGCCGCAGUCGCGGCAACCGUGGCUGAGGUCGUGCUCAACCGAACGUCGCGCCCAGUCAUUCAUCCGUUAGUUCGCCGACCACCCGCUGUCGCGUUGUCGUCCUCUGUUUUUAGUUUGUACUACAGUCCAGUUCAUCCAGUCUAUCAUUAG